AUGGCAUUAUCUUUAUUUAAAAAAAAAGAAACUAAGGAGGAUUCUAAAGCUACUGAUUCAAACAUCCAAGGAGAUGAAGAUGUAAAGGCAAAUACCCAAUUGACUGAAUCGACUGCAGCAGAGUCUGAAGUAAAAUCUAACGCAGAUAGUAAAAAGAAAAGUAAUAAAAAAAAGAAAGAUGAUUCAGAUUCCUCAGAUUCCUCAGAUUCUUCAGAUUCUUCUGAUGAGGAAGAAACAAAAAAAGUAGAACCCGCUCAAAAUAAAGUAGAACCCGCUCAAGAUAAAGUAGAACCCGCUCAAGAUAAAGUAGAACCUGUUCAAAAAAAAGUAGAAGCCCCAAAAAAGAAAAAAGACGAUUCAGAUUCAUCGGAUUCAUCAGAUUCUUCUGACUCUUCUGAUGAGGAAGAAACAAAAAAAGUUGAACCCGUUCAAAAAAAAGUAGAACCUGCUCAAAAUAAAGUAGAACCCGCUCAAAAUAAAGUAGAAACCAAGGAAAAGAAAAAAGCUGACUCAGAUUCGUCAGAUUCAUCUGAUUCUUCUUCUGACUCAUCAGAUUCUUCUUCUGAUUCAGAAGAUGAAAAAAAUAAAACAACAGAAGUUAAAUCAACUUUCCCACUCAAAAAUAAUAAAACAGAAUCUAUUUUGUCAGGAAACCAAAACAAAGAAGAUGGGCAAGGAAAAAGAAAAAAUGAUAAUUCAUUUGAUAAAGGAAAAAAUAAAAAACAAAAAAAAAAUAAUGGAAUAGAUUCAAUGGCAAAUAACGAAACAAACAAUAACCAAUUUAAUAAUAAAAAAGGAUAUAUAGUUACAAUUAACAAUAUAAGUAAAGAUCAAAAUUAUGAAGAUUUAAAUUUAUUUAUAAAAAAUUUAUUAGGUGAAUCAUAUAACGAAGAAGAAGUUAUCUUAGGAAUAAGUAAUUACUAUAAUUGUGCAUUUCUGUUUUGUCAAAAAAAUGAUAUUAAAGAAAAGUUGUUAUUUAAAAAUAAGGAAAAAUUUAAAGGUGUUCCUCUUAUUAUAUCUGAAGGAAUAUUAUCUCCAACAAUAUAUAUAUAUACAUCAAAUCCAAAAUUCAAUGAUACAGAUGCUAGAUCUUUAUUUGGUGAAUAUGGAAAUGUAACUAAUAUAUAUGUAUACGGAAAUAAUAAUAAUAAUAAUAAUAAUACACAAACGAAAAAAACUAAAGUUAAAAUCACAUUUGAUUCACCACAAGGAGCUUUAAAAGCAUUAGAAAAAGAUGGAUAUUUAUGGAAAAAUUAUUAUGUACAAGUUACCCCAUCUACAUCUCUUAAUGGUGAUUCAGGAUUUGGUGGUAAUAAUAAAGGUGAUCGAAAUAAUUACAAUAAUGGAAAUGGUGGCUUUUUUAAGAAAAGAGGUGGAGGAAAUGGAGGAAAAGGGUUUUCCGGAAAAAAGUUUGGAAACAAUUUCAAUAAUCGAGAUAAAAACAAUUUUAAUAAAAAACCAUUUAAUAAUUUUAAAAAUAAAAAAAAUUUCGAACAAAAUUAUGAUCAAAAUUAA